AAUGAACUUGAUUCAAUACCGCUUUCGUUGUCUAAUUAAGCUAUUGCUCACUGUACAACAUAUCGUUAUCGACAGCUUGCCGGUUUAUUUACAUAUCGGUGCAUCGAACAAAUGUUUUAAAAAAGUUAAAUUUCCGUGUUUUGGCGCACACCUGCUGCACAAAUAGUGUCCCGACCAAAUCCUGAUGUGUGCAAACAGCCCUCGCGACCCCGCCGCGGGACCAGGUGGCUCCCUCCGCUGCACCCCGCUUUGCUAUGACGGCCGAAUCAGUUUAUAUUGCUUUGUCAUAACAGCAGCUCUAAUCCUGAUCCCCUCGGUGCCGCAAAUCCACUACGGAAUCGUCCCCCAAGUGUGGGGUGCGGUGCUAUGGGGUCCGGUGCUGUACUACGCUCUGAUCAACAUGGUCAUACGCUUUGUGCUGAGGAACAAUGACUAUCAGGUGGCCAUACGGGCGUCCUUCCUUGGCUUCACCAUGGCCGUGAGUGUGCUGGUCAUUUGCUUUGCACCCACCGAAUGGCAGCAGUUCGGCGUAUAUGGAUGCUUUAUGUCUGUCUUCCACUACUCUGAGUUUCUAGUGAUAGCCUUUGCCAAUCCGCGCACACUAAGUCUGGACUCGUUCAUGCUUAACCACUCGGUGCACUAUGGAUUGGCUGCGGCCGCCAGUUGGUUGGAGUUCGCUCUGGAGGUGUAUUUUUUGCCGGAGUUCAAGCGAUUCGGUUACAUUUGGUUGGCGGGCGUUGUCCUGUGCUCGUUCGGAGAGGUUGUGCGCAAGGCGGCCAUCAUCACAGCCGGACGGAGCUUCACCCAUUUGGUCCAGAAUGAGAAACACUCGGACCACAAGCUGAUCACGAACGGCGUUUACGCUUACUGCCGACAUCCAUCGUAUGUCGGUUGGUUCUGGUGGUCCAUUGGCACCCAAAUCGUGCUGCUGAAUCCGAUUUGCAUCUGCAUUUACACACUGGUCAGCUGGCUGUUCUUCCACGAUCGCAUUUAUGUCGAGGAGUACUCUCUGCUCAACUUCUUUCAGUCGGACUAUGUGCGCUAUCAGAAACGAGUGCCAACGGGAUUGCCCUUCAUCCGGGGCUAUCUGGUCGAGUAGCAGCCAAACUGCGGUUCAAUGUCACAACAUUGUUUUAUUUUUUAGCUUUAGGUAAACAACGUACAGCCAAAUAAGCACAUUGUAUUUUUGAAAAUAGGUUCUUUCUGAUAUUUUAGCGUGUUUUUUUCAAUUCAUAUAAACUAGUCAAAGCCAAA